CUAUUCCUCCCCACCACUCGUUACAUUGGCAAUCCCCGCCACCACCACUUAACUCUCCGAUGCCAACCGUUUUCCUAAGGAUUUCCCUCAUUUGCCACCUCCUUAAUAGCCUCCUCCACUAUUUCCUCCCCCACAAGCUUAUUUCCCUCCUCCUCCCCUCCUCGCGCUCCUCUUCCGGUCGACCCCGUGUGUUGAUCCUGGCGACACCGCCGGAAAUGGACCCGUCGGAGCUGAAGCGGGUCUUCCAGAUGUUCGACCGCAAUGGUGAUGGCCGCAUCACGAAGAAGGAGCUGAGCGACUCCCUCGAGAACCUGGGGAUCUACAUCCCCGAGGGAGACCUCGAGUCGAUGAUCGGGAAGAUCGAUGUGAAUGGUGAUGGCUGCGUCGACAUUGAGGAGUUCGGUGCGCUCUACCAGACGAUCAUGGACGAGCGGGAUGAGGAGGAGGACAUGAGGGAGGCCUUCAACGUGUUCGACCAGAAUGGCGAUGGGUUCAUCACCGUCGAGGAGCUCCGGUCGGUGCUCGCAUCGCUCGGGCUCAAGCAGGGGAGGACCGUCGAGGACUGCCGGAGGAUGAUCAGCAAGGUGGACGUCGACGGGGAUGGGAUGGUCAAUUUCAAGGAGUUCAAGCAGAUGAUGAGGGGCGGAGGGUUCGCAGCCUUGGGAUGAUGGUGGUUGGAUGGAAGGAGGAGGACAAGGGAAGGGAAGCAAGGGGAAAUCCUUUUAUAGGGGUUGUAGAUAAUGGUCGGAGGGGGGGCCUUUGAAGGGAUUAAAAAGUACAAGAUCGAGAACUCGACAUAUUCAUGCAGUAUGUUGGUUCAUUGGAUUUGAUUGUUUUCAUCUUGUCUUUUAAUUGGAUCCAUGUUCCUUCUUUCUUUUCAUCUUCAUUUUUGGCUAUGUAAAGUUUUAGUUUGUUUGGGUUGUCCUUCAAUUUGGCUCCUCUCUUUCCCUUCUCCUUCCAAGUACCAACACAGCUUUAACUCAAUUUGGGAGAUAAAUGCACCAAAGGAGACUGAAAUAUGUUAAAAUGUAGAGUAAGCUGAGAAUGGAGGAAUGUAUGGAGUGGAAUCUUGGUUGGUGGCAGUGAAAGGAAGUGAGCACCAAGAAAUGCAGGCCCAAGCUCUUGUGAUUCUCUCAAGAAGCCAAUAAGAUGUGAUCCAGGAAACACAUUUGAUGCAAUUAGUUUAAUAAUAGGAUUUUUUUCCCCCAAUACAUAUCGUUCUUAGAAUGUUCUCCUCAUAUUCUUGUUCCCCCUAUUGUGUUGAAUUUUUCCUCAACUUUUCUCCAUUGAUGGUUUUGCUAUGGGGUGGAAUCUUUGAUGUGUCGGUGGGUGCUGAGUGCCAAGAAGAUUAGGCCAGAGCUCUUGUCAUUUUAUCAAAAAUUCCAACACAUGUGAUCCAUGAACUUGUUUAAUGCAAUUAGUUUAAUAACAGGGGAAAUUUUUUU